AGGAUGGAGCUGAAUAUAAUAGAGGAGACAUGUCAGAAAAGAGGAAUCAACAACACGGCCUUUAAGUCAGAGGAGCAGGAUCAGAUAUACAUUGACGUGAACAGUGAUGCGGAGACUGCAGAAGAUGUACAGAAAAUGUCUGAAGAACGGGAAAAAAGCUUGCUGGAGAAGAAAAUGGAGGCAGUCCAGGGCUAUUUGGCAGAACACAGAGACCAGAUCCACCUGUUUAUACGCCUGGUGUUAGCAGCAGGAUUUGUUGGCAUGGUGAUAGCGGCAUGUGUUCUGAACUUCAACCGGGCAGUCGGGCUUCUGGUCCUCUCCUUGGUAACCGCGUUCUUUCUGGUCUGGGAUUGGACGAUGAAACGCUAUGGCGACCGGGUGUGGGAGCAGCUCUGUCCUAUCAGAGACCUUCUAAGUAGGAACUGGUUCUGGAUCAGAUGGUGUAUAUAUAUGUUAGUACUGGUGGCGGUUGUGUGUUGGCUUGCACUGGACACAGCCCAGCGGGGCACCAGACAGCUUAUGUCUUUCUUUGGUUUGCUGCUCUUCAUCUUCUUAAUCGCACUCUUCUCAAAACAUCCAUUCAGAUGGUCUCCGCAAACUUUGCUCUCUGGGAUUGGACUACAGUUUGUCGCCGGUCUGCUGACUCUCAGGACCACAUUUGGAUUGCAGGCACUGGAAUGGCUUGGAAAACAAGCUGAAACUUUUAUGGCCUUCACAGAUGUUGGGUCUCAAUUUGUGUUUGGCGACAGUUACAAAGACCACUUCUUUGCCUUUCAGGUGAUGCCUAUCGUGGUGUUUAUAAGCUCUAUGAUCUCAAUCCUCUACUCUAUCGGCUUCAUGCAGUGGCUCAUUUGCAAGCUAGGAUUUAUAAUGCAAGUCGUCAUGGGAACAUCUCCAACAGAAUCAAUGGCUGCAGCAGGAAAUAUAUUCUUGGGACAGACAGAGACACCCCUCCUGAUUAAACCUUACCUCAGUGAGCUCACUCUCUCCGAGAUGCACGCUGUGAUGACGGGAGGUUUUGCCAGCAUCUCCGGUAGCAUCUUAGGAGCCUUUAUCUCCUUCGGGAUUGAGGCAUCACACUUGUUGACAGCAUCACUGAUGUCCGCUCCAGCCUCGCUCGCCAUUGCCAAGACGUUCUGGCCUGAAACAGAGAAGACAGCUGCUAUCAGUGACCAUGACCUCAAACUGAAAAAAGGAGAGAGUAAGAACGUGUUGGAGGCGGCCUCCCAAGGUGCAGGUUGUGCUGUUAGUGUCGUGGCCAGCAUUGUGGUCAACGUCAUUUCCUUCAUGGCACUACUCGCCUUUUUGAACGCCAUCCUCUCCUGGCUGGGCGGGAUGUUUGAUUGUCCGCAGCUCAGCUUUGCGCUUAUCUGCUCUUAUGUGUUCAUGCCUCUCUCGUUCAUGAUGGGCGUCUCCUGGGAGGACAGUUUCAUUGUCGCGGAGCUGCUCGGCAUAAAGACUUUCCUCAACGAGUUUGUGGCCUAUCAGAACUUGUCAGAGUUAAUCAAGAGGCGGAAGGCAGGAGGGCCAGAAUAUGUGAAUGACGUGAAGCAGUAUAUUUCUGUCCACUCUGAAACCAUCGCAACCUACGCUUUGUGUGGAUUUUCCAACUUUGCCUCACUGGGGAUGGCGAUUGGAGGGAUGUCGGCUCUCGCUCCUGAUCGACGGUCUGACAUCUCCUCCUGUGGCCUCAGAGCUCUCAUUGCAGGCAGUGUCUCCUGUUUGAUGACAGCUUGUAUUGCAGGUAUCUUGUACAUCCCUGAUGUCCAGUGUCCCCAGUUCCUGAGCACCGAGUUCAGCAAUGCCAAUGUGACCAGUAGCACGCAACUGGUCACCUGCUGCACACUGCUGUAUAACAGUGUGACGGUGCUUGAGCCAUGGAACGUGACGGCCGGAGAAGGAUUCAGUCAGAGCAGCCUGUUAGGCUGCUGUACACUCACACCCCCGACACACUUCAACUGCAGCUCUGUGUUUUGAAUCACUGUCGACAAAAACACACAAACCUGUGGUAGAAACAUGUGCUGCUUGUUUUUUAGGUAAACUGUACAGUUGAAAAUGUUCCUUUGAGAUACUUGCACUUUACUUGAGUGUUUCCACAUUCUGCCCUUUUAUGUUUCUGCCACUGUAGUUCUGAAGAUGAUAAAACACUAUGAUAUUUUUUAGAUAAUUUAUGUUACUUUGCAAAUUCAGAUGAACAAAAGGCCUGUAAAAUGUCAUCAACAAAUACGAUAGAUUAUUGUAGAUUGACUUGAUUUAAUUUACAGCAGUCGGCUCACAACCCACCCAGCAGUUUUUAUAGCAAUUAAAUCAAUUCCAUCUUUACUAAUUGUAAAAUUAAAGUGACAGUUCAAUGCAUGGAUUUUUGUAAAUAAAUUUCUGGAUUUCUUACUGUACUGUGAUAUUGCAGCUUAAUAAAAAAGCUUAAUAACUUA